GUCUUUUUCUCUCUCUCUCUCUCUCUCUCUCUCUCUCUCUCUCUCUCUCUCUCUCUCUCUCUCUCUCUCUCUCUCUCUCUCCAAAAAAAUGUCAGUCGACAAUUACUCAAGAGACAUCUACCACAACACUGUCUCCAUGAACCAUCACCAAAACGACGCCGUAGCAUAUAGAGAGUCCUUGUUCGAGAAAUCACUCACACCAAGCGACGUAGGAAAGCUAAACCGUUUAGUCAUACCGAAACAAUACGCCGAGAAAUAUCUCCCUCUCAAUAAUGGCGGCGGCGACAUGACGGCUGAGAAAGGGAUGCUUCUUAGCUUCGAGGACGAGUCAGGAAAGUCUUGGAAGUUCAGAUACUCAUACUGGAACAGUAGUCAAAGCUACGUCUUGACCAAAGGAUGGAGCAAGUACGUCAAAGACAAGCACCUCGACGCUGGGGAUGUUGUUUUCUUCCAACGGCACCGUUUUGAUUUCCAUAGACUGUUCAUUGGCUGGCGGAGACGGGGCGAGGCUUCUUAUCCUUCGGCUGUCUCCGCCGUGUCUCAAGAGGUUCAUGUUAACACAACGGCGUACUGGAGCGGCCUGACUACACCUUAUCGUCAAGUACACACGUCAACUAGUUCUUACCCUAAUAUUCACCAAGAAUAUUCACAAUAUGGCGCCGUCGCUGAGACACCGACGGUGGUUGCAAGGAGCUCGAGAACGGUGAGGCUAUUCGGAGUUAACCUCGAAUGUCACGGUGACGUUGUUGAGCCACCACCGUGUCCCGAUGGCUACAACGGCCAACACAUUUACUAUUAGUCAACUCCUCAUCCCAUGCCUUGCGUGUUGGUUUCGUGAAACAGAAUAACUCAUUUGCUGAGGAAACAAUGGAGCAGGAUGGAGAUGGACGAGGUUGAUAGUGACAACCUUUUAGAUCUUGCGUUAGGUUUUGGGCCCCUACUUGACGCAAUUGUCAUAUAGAGAAAACAUACAAAGGAGGAGAAUUAAUAUCAGUGUAAACUUCCUAAUGUAUUUAGUUAUUUAGUAUCUACUAUUCAACUAAUUUAAGAACGAGAUUAAAAAGAGCCUUCUGAGGCAGAUAGCAAAAUAUGUUGACAAGUGCUUAUUAUUUGAUUCCUGAAAAUCUGAGAUAAAUAUCCAAUGAAGCUUGCAAAAAGUCAUUUGAGAGCUUGUAUAUGUCUAUGUGCAUGUAUAAUGAAUCAAUGAUGAAGAAAGAUGGUUUUGGGAAGUGUUGAGACUCAUGGGAUGAGAUUUACAAGAAGAAAAAGAGUGUGGACCUAACAAAUGAUUAAAGCAGAGGGCAUAGCAUGUGUGUAAAAUGUAAUGUAGUGUUACAACUUACAUCACCUUUUCUAUCUGGUCCAAAGCAAAAGGUAAGGACCAUUUUAUUCUAUAUCACUCUGCUUUUGAUU